ACUACAGCUGUGUCUACUAUAGCAGGAUGGCUCCAUCCCAGGUGUCUGAGCCCAGUGAGGUCCUGGAGAUCUGGGUGACAGGUUCUCUUCCCAAGCCUUUCCUCUCAGUCUGGCCUGGUCCAGAGGUGACAUCAGGGUCUGAUGUGACCCUCCUGUGCUGGGGGCCCUCAAGAGCUACUAGGUUUAUUCUCUACAAGGAAGGAGAUGAAAAAAACCUGUCAAGCAUAGAUGCCACUCAAAAUGGGACCCAAUAUUUCUUGACUCAAGUGACACCCAAAGAUUCUGGCAGUUACAGCUGCCAAUACCAGCUUGUCACCAAUGGAAGUCUCCUGACACAAUGCAGUGACCCCCUGGAGCUCAUAGUGAGAGGUUCAGAAGCUAGAAACCCCCUCAUCAUCACCCUCAGCUGUGUUUCCUUCCUCCUCCUCCUCCUCUGCCUUCUCUUGCUCACAUGCCUGUGCUGUGGAUCCAGCCCAAUGGCUGCCCUUGUUGCCCUUGUCUUCCUUGGAAUCUGUCCAGUCAGCCUGAGGCCCCCGGAAAGGAAGCCCUGUAUACAGAUGUGUUGCAUGCCAGACCAAGGGAACCAUUGGCUUCCACAGCUGAAGAUCCCCAGGGAGUGACCUAUACUCAUCUGAACCUAAGAACCUUGAAUAAGAAAACAACUGACCCCAAGGAGACUCCCAUGGAGCCCACCCUCUAUGCUACUGUGUACUUGGACUAAGGAUUUGGGCACCUUUACCAAAGGAAUCCCUCCUUUUCCUUCCUUCAUCUCCUCUCCUCUCUGCAACCCCAUUUUAUUCUCUAGUACUUCUCCAGGUUCUCAUCACCAUGGAGCCAUAAUAUCUAUUCAGGUUAUCCACUGGAAUCUAGAAUCGUGCAAUCCAAAUGUAUCAGUCUACCAUGAUGAGAUACAUCCAAAUUAUAUAUGGAGUAGAAGCAGGACGGGUGAUCAUCUCUGGGUUCAAGUCACUAGCAGUUGUGGUCAGAAGUAAGGGACUUCUGUACUCAAUGGGAUUGGAACUAAGUUUUAAAGGAAACCAAGCAAACUAAGAGGCAGAUUGGAGGAAAGAUUCCAUUCCAAGGAUGGGGAAACAGACACCACAGAGAUUUGGAGUUAGGAGACAAUUUUGUGCCAAAAAAAAAAAGUCAACCUGGGUAGCUGGCUUAUGGAGUGAGUGGAUGGAAAUAAAGUACAAGAAGAUUGAAAAAGUAAGAAACCACUGAGGAACAUCACUUCACUGUAUUCAUCCACUUAUCACUCCAACUAAGCUCAUGCAUUUGGUCUGGUGCCAAGUCCUAUUUUUUCUACCUUAAUAACAUCUCUUGUAUAUGCCCCCUUCUCUUUGAUCACAGUUACUACCCUAAAGCUCACCUCACACCUGGACUAUUGCAAUCACCUGGUGGUGAGUCUGCCUGACGUCACUCUCUCCCACUCCAAUCUACGGUCUAUUCAGCCAUUAAAUUGAUGUUUCUAAAUUGCCCAUCUGACUGUUUUAGCCCCCUAGUUAAUAAAUUCCAUUUGCUCCCUAUCAGCUCUAGGAUUCAAAAUAAAAC